AUGCGAGAACCAAUUUCGCGGGACUUCGUGCGCCUCUCUGCGUAUGCCGCACGAGUCAUGGAUAUUGGCUACUUUCUCGGCUAUUAUCCUAUCUUCUGGGAUACCCGGCGCGAGGUGCCCACUGAGGUCUGGAAUAUCCUUUUCCGCCACGCACCUAGGCCACUACUUCCAAAUUUGGGGCUUCUGUCUUACGAGGAGAGUCCGACUCCCUACGCAAACGAAGAGCUCGUGCCCGGGGUAGACCCUUUCCAUCCUGCAGAGCUUCUCUUUGGGCCAAACCUCCAAAAGGUUGAGUUCACCGGUUUGUGGAUACACCCUCAUCGCCCCACGGAGGUCAUCAAGAAGUUGUGUAGCGCGACUCCAAACUUGAAGUCGCUCCUCCUUGGAGCGGCAAAAGGAUACCCGUCGGAGUUCACGUCGCUAUCCUGUCCCGAGCUUUCUGCAUUCAUCCAUUUGGUCGAAUUCGACGGGUCAAAUAUCAAGGUCGGGCCUGACACCCUCGCUGCCAUAGGCUCUUUGCCAAACCUCCAGGAGGUAUACCUGCACAUCGAUUCCGCGGAUUACACCUGGGACGUCAUGCCGCAUGGGAGGCGCGCCGCCUUCUUCCCUGCGCUCACGAAGCUCUGCCUCACCGGUACCGCCUUCGAGUGGUGCGCUGCGUUCCUGCACGCCGUGGCAGCCGUCUCUCUCAAGGAACUCUACAUCGGAGUGAGCGACCCUCGACACAUCGCGCCUGAUGGCAUCCUCUUCGAGGCUCUCUGCACCGCGAUUGGAAGCCUUCCCUGCGGCGAGUCGCUGCAUUGCAUCGAAAUCGACACCCCUUGCACCGCUGGCGCCCCUGUCCCCGCGUUCCGACCGCGACAUAUUGUGCCCUUGACCGCUCUAAAAGGUGGGCUCCGCCGCCUCCGCCUGAAGGGCGCGUGCCAAAUUACCGUCGACGAUCCCACCCUGGAGUCUAUGGCGCGAGCAUGGCCUGACAUCUACGAAAUCACGAUACCGUGGCUGGAGCACCCUGCACAUAUCGCCGAUGACCACGUCCCCAGAGCUACGCUCGCUGGUCUGGCCUCCCUCCUACAACACUGUCCCCAACUCAUAACCCUCACCCUCGCUUUCGAUAUGCGGUCAAUUCCAGAGCUCGACGUACUGCGGCCCUACCCCGUUGUCCGGCGAGGCUCCGCGCUGAAACGACUUUCCGCGGAGGGCUCCAUCCUUUGCGACGACCUUGGCCUUUCUGCGUUCCUAGUUGUGGUGUGUCCGCGGCUCCAAAAGAUCGCCCCGGACCAUUCAAGUUGGCGAGACGUGAAGUGGUGCUUUUCGUUAUUCUUGCAGAUCCGUGAGCAAGAGAGGAAGUGGGCUCUGGAGCGCCGGGGAAGUCUACAAUCGGAGGUCGCGUCUGAGUAA